AAGGAAUUCUUUGACAAACUUAAAGCGAAAGUCAAGCAUUAUUCCUCCUAUCCGGGGGCGUAUCAUGAGAUACACAAUGAACCUGGCGGUGUCUCGGACAAAUCCAUCAACGAAUGCAUUUCGUGGGUUGAAGUCCAGACCUCAAAUUCACAGGAACAACAAAAGCUUUAAAAGGGCGUUGGGGUUCUUGCGGGAAAUAAUUGUAUGAAGCUAUGCUUCUUAAAGAGUGUAAUUGCACCUCCAUCUGCACCCAAUAGAUCAUUUGUAGUCUGUAUCUACAUAUCUCCUACUGAGGCUAGACCAGUGUUUGCGGGUCAGGAGAGCCACCGACCGUGGGAAUACUACACUUUCGCCACGGCUACAAUCAACACUUAACCAUAAAACCAUGACCGACGAUUUCCUGGCCCGCGAACAAGCUAUUUUGGGGUCGGCUUUCUCUUCUAGUGGGAAUGCGAGCACUAUAGGUGGUGAUAUUGACUUCACUAAGGCUGCUGCUAGCUUCCCUGCUCUUGAAGACCUAGACGGAGAAAUUUCAUCAGUACCCGACACUGGCACGAGCAAUGGAUUCCUAAAUGAUUUUGACGACUUUGGCACGCCCAUUGCCUCCACCUAUGAGGUGAAAGUCACGGGUGGUGAUGAUGAAGUAGAACGUUUCGAGAAUGAGUUCCCGAGUUUGGACAAUAGCGAGUUCGGUACCCCAACAUCAUCAUUCCAACCACCGUUCUUUGCUCAGCCGCAAUCCCGUCCUUCGUUCCAGCCUCCCACAUUCACCCCUCAGCUGGGCGCCGACGAAGAGGAACCUGAGCCUAUCAGGAAAUGGCGCGAACGUCAAGAAGAGGAGAUUCGUCGUCGAGAUGAGGCCUCUGCGGCUAAAAAGCGGGAGACUAUCAGUAACGCCGAAAAAGCGAUCGAUGACUUCUACAAGGAGUACAAUCAAAAAACCGAGCGCAACAUAAAACAGAACAAGGAGAAUGAGGCUCAGUUCCUGGCCGAUCUUCAGACUUCGUUGUCUGUUGGGACAACUUGGUCGCGGAUUGCUGAUAUCAUUGAACUUCAAAACUCGCAAUCGAAGACCCUUGCUCGUGCUGGUCCAGGGACAACUGACUUGACUCGUUUUAAGGAGGUGUUGUUGAGAUUGAAACGAGAAGGUGAUAUAGCACCUGGCGCUGGAGGAUAUUAGAUUUAUUUGAUGGAGCGCCCAGCAGGACAGAUGUAUUCUAAUUUGCGCACUGUCAUGCAUGAUGCAUUUGCCUGGGGCAUGGCAUAAAUACAUAUCCUAUAAUUCGGAUUCUGAUGAAAGGAUACAAG